ACCAUAGAAGAAUUUAGAUCAAUUUAUCGAGUUAUUGCACACAGAGAAGAAAUUACUGAGAUUUUCAACACGUAUUCUGAAGACCGGAAAUUUCUUUAUGAAAAAAAUCUGGUUGCCUUUUUGACACAAGAACAGUAUGUGUUUAACAUGAAUAGAAGUAUUGUCUUUGAGAUCAUUGAAAAAUACGAGCCUAUUGUAGAAGUUAAGCAAGCACGCCAGAUGUCACUUGAAGGUUUUACAAGAUACCUGUGUUCAUCUGACUGCCUAGUAUUUAAUAAUGAAUUUAGAAAAGUUUAUCAAGACAUGCAUCAUCCAUUAAAAGAUUAUUUUAUUUCAAGUUCACAUAAUACAUACCUGCUAUCUGACCAAUUAGUGGGACCAAGUGACGUUUGGGGAUAUGUAAGUGCCCUGGUGAAAGGAUGCCGCUGUCUGGAAAUUGAUUGCUGGGACGGGUCACAGAAUGAACCUGUGGUAUACCAUGGUUAUACGCUCACCAGCAAGCUCCUGUUCAAAACUGUUAUCCAAGCCAUACACAAAUAUGCAUUCAUAACAUCUGACUACCCAGUGGUGCUCUCUUUAGAAAAUCACUGCUCCCCUUCCCAACAAGAGGUGAUGGCAGACAAUUUGCAGUCUAUUUUGGGAGAUACCUUGCUUUCUGAUGUGCUUGACGAUUAUGCACAUGAACUACCUUCACCAGAGGCAUUAAAAUUCAGAAUAUUAGUUAGAAACAAGAAAAUAGGAACCUUGAUGGAGACCCAUGCAAGGAAAGGUUCUGAUAAGCAUGGUCAGGUGGAGGAAUAUGACGAUAAUGUAGUUAAAUUGCCACUUUUCAGGAGAAAUAAGGUGAGGAAGGUAAAAAUGGCUAUGGCCCUAUCUGAUCUUGUCAUUUAUACUAAAACUGAAAAAUUCAAAAACUUUUACCAUUCAAGAGAGCAUCAACAAUUUAAUGAAAGCAAUUCUAUUGGAGAGUCAACAGCUCGAAAACUUUCCAAGUUGAAAGCCAGUGAUUUUAUUCUUCACAACAACAAGUUUAUUACCAGAAUAUAUCCCAAAGCAACAAGAGCAGACUCUUCUAAUUUUAAUCCUCAACAAUUUUGGAAUGUAGGUUGUCAAAUGGUGGCCUUAAAUUUCCAGACCCCUGGUCUGCCUAUGGACAUUCAAAAUGGGAAAUUUUUGGAUAAUGGUAAUUCUGGAUAUAUUUUGAAACCACAAUUCCUAAGAGAUACUGAAACAGACUUUAAUCCAAAUAAAACACCAGAAGACAGCAAUCCAGUUACACUUAUGAUAAGGGUGAUCAGUGGUAUCCAGUUGCCUCCCAGUAGUCGCUCAUUAUCUAACAGAGCCGACACAUUAGUGAUUAUAGAAAUUUUUGGUGUUCCGCAUGAUCAAUCUAAGCAGCAGACCCGUGUAAUUAAAAAAAAUGCUUUUAAUCCAAGAUGGAAUGAAACAUUUACAUUUAUUAUUCAGGUGCCAGAGUUGGCAUUGAUACGUUUUGCAGUGGAACAUCAAAAUUUACUAGCUGGAAAUGAAUUGCUUGGGCAAUAUACUUUACCAGUUCUAUGCAUGAGCAAAGGUUACCGUCACGUUCCUUUGUUUUCCAGAGCUGGUGAGAAUCUUGAGCCUGCUUCCCUGUUUAUUUAUGUUUGGUAUGUCAGAUAG